CACAGAGCAAAAAGUGAAAUGAAGAGUGUACAUUGAACAUUUGAGUGUAAGAUAAUUUGUUUAUUAUUUAUUUAAGCCAUCAUGGAAUCGGAAGUGAGCACCAAAAAGCAACUGCUUUCACUGGUAGAUGAUGUUGAUCUGGUUAUCAGGCAGUUGUUCGACACCCUGUCUCAGCAAUCCUCUCAGAAUACUGUUGUCAAUCAAGUUGGGUCGGGAGAAAGUGAAACCCAAUCUCAUGUAAUGGAUGUUGGUCAACUGACAGAUUUACUUCUGCAAAAAAACAAGAAACUUGCAGAUCUAACUGAGGUUGCUUGUCAGCAACAAAAACUAGAAGUAAAAGUUAAGGCAACACGAGCAGAAAUUGCCAUGAAGGACACUGAGAUCAAAUGUCUUCAAAAGCAUUUAAAAGCAGCAGAACAAUUGUUGGGAACUGCAUUGCACCAAGCUAAGGAGAAACUGAAGUCAUUUGACCAAGCAAAUAAAGGUUCUGUGAUGUCAGAAGACAUAAUAAAAUAUGCUCAUAAGAUCAGUGCAUCGUGUUCAACGGCUGCUCCUUUAAACUGGACACCCGGUGAUCAGCGAAGACCUUACCCACAGGAUAUAGAAAUGCGAUGUGGUUGGCUUGGUCAAAUAAACAACUCCGACAUGAAUGUUAAAGACCCAAUGCUCAAACCACCUGCUCAGCUAGGAACAGACGGAAUUCAAAUGCCAAGUUUUUCAAGCAACUCACAGUGGCAAAAGGGAAACCAGAGCAUGGAUAUGUCAACAUUCACAGAUGGAAGAAGCACGGAAGAUGUUGAUGUGAUGUCCUCUGAUUCAUCUUCUUCAGACUCUUCUGACUCCAGUGGAGUCAAUGAUUGAAAAAAGAAAGAAAUGAAGAUUUUGAAAAUGCUGCUGAGAGAUAGAGAUGGCUGCAGUGAAGCGGUUUUGGGGAAAUUAUGACAGAUACCUCAUGCAAAAA